AUGCCUCAAAACACGCUUUCCCUCCUCGACGACGGCGCGGUUGGCAAUGUAGAAGCGCUCGCCCUUGUCGUCCUUCUCGUGCUCGAGGGCGACCUUGCUGAGUUGGGUGAGAACGUUCUCGAUGAGGGUGUCGGUGACGCUGCGCUUCUUGCGGCCCAUGUCGUUGAGGACCCGGAGGUUGGACAGGACGUAGUAGACGAGGGCCAUGACGAUGGUGACGGCGACCGAGUACACGAAGACGACGCAAACGGUGACGAAGUCGGUGCGGCCGUUCUCGGACAGGAAGCGGUUGAUGGACGGGGGGGAGGCGGGCUCGCCACGGCCACCAGAGAACCAGCCGAAGACGCAGAAAAGAAUAGACAGAACGUCGACGGCGGCGAUGGCGCCAAUGAGCUGGAAGGAGGGGAAGGUCUCGAAGCCACGGGUGACGAAGAUGAGCCAAUUCUGGGUCAGGGAGAUCUCGAGGAAGAGGAUCUCCUGGAUGGAGCCGUACUCGUGGAUGACGCCACCGUCGACAAUGUACAUGGUACCGCGGAGGAUCCAGGUACCCAUGGCGAGGAGACUGCCGAGAACGAUGGAGAUGAUCCAGAUCUUGGGGAGCUGCCACUCGACGGGACGCUUCUCGAAAGCGAGGAAGACGAUGAGGUCGGCGCGGACAGUCUCGUUGAUGAUGAUCAUGGAAGUGACGAGGUAGAUCUCCAAGUGCAAGCAAAGAGCGAUACGGUACUGGAUGUAGGCCUUCAUGCGCUGGAAAAUCUGGCGAGACAGCUUGAUGGCAGAGACGAUAGUGCUAAGACCGGGGGCAAGGAAGACGAUAUCGGCGGCGGCCUGGGCAGCCUCGGUGGCACCCUCGACGGCAAUACCGCAGUCGGACUUCUUCAGGGAGGGAGCGUCGUUGACACCGUCACCAGUCAUGGCAGUCAAGUGACCACGCUGCUGGAGCAUCUCGACGACCUGGUACUUGUGCUCGGGGAACACUUCGGCGAAACCGUCGGCGCGCUCGCAAAGGUCGUGGAUAGAAGUGCCGGCCAUGUCGCUGUGGAGAAGCUUGUCGGAGUUGUAAACCUUGGUACCGAGCUGGAGCAUGCGGCAGGUCUCGACGGCAAUGGCGUGGGCGUCACCAGUAAGCAUCUUAACCUGGAGACCGAGAGCCUGGGCCUCGAGAAUGGUCUGGCCGGUAUCGCUGCGAGGGGGGUCGAAGAGGGACAGCAUGCCGAGCAUCUCCCAGGGGCCAUCCUCCUCCUUGACGGCGACGGCGAGGGAACGGAAACCACGGCGGGCGAACUCAGCGGCCUUCUCCUUGAAGAGAGCGGAUUGCUCCUCAGUGCAGUCGGUGAGGGCGAGGACGGCCUUGGGGGCACCCUUGGCGCAAGUGUAACGGACACCACGGUGGGUGGCGAUGGUGGUGAUACGCUUGGAGACGGGGUCGAAGGGGGUGAACUUCUCGGUCUUCCAGCCGUCAGAGAUGAGCUCCUUGGCCUUCGGGUAACGCUUGAGGGUGAGGACGGUGAUCUUGUCGAUGGGGUCCAGGGCCUUGAUGUUGUGCGAAGAGGCGAGAGCGGCGACGGCCAUCAUCCAGUUGAUGUCAACACCCUCCAUGACGAAAGGCUCGCGGACGGACAGCUGGUUGGCAGUGAGGGUACCGGUCUUGUCGGAGCAGAGGAUGUCGACACCAGCCAGGGACUCGAUGGCAGUGAGCUUCUGGACGAUGGCCUUCUCCUCGGCGAGGUAGGCAGCACCGACGGCGAGGGUGGUGGUGGUAACACAGGGCAGACCGAUGGGGACACCGAUGAUGAGGAGAAUCAGAGCGUAGUGGAGCAAGUUGACGGAAGUGCCCUCCUCGGAGACCUCAAUGGAGCGGUAGAAUCCACCAAUCCAGGCAGCGAGGAUAAAGAUGAUGACAAGAGCGAGAAGCGUAGUACCGAUAGAGUUCAUGAUGGCCUUGAAGUGACCCUGGUCCUGGGCGCCCUGGACGAGGGAGGCGGUCUUUCCAACGAAAGAGGCCUGGGCGCCGUGGGUGACGAUACAGAAAGCCUUGCCGCGCUUGCAACCGGUGGUGUAGUAGCAGGUGUCGGUCAUGAACUUGUCGACGGCGAGAGACUCACCAGUCAUGGCAGACUGGUCAACGGCGACGAUGGCGUGUCCGAGCUGGGGGUUGGCGUUCUCCUCAUCACCCUCCUCGAACUUCUCGCGGCGGGGGGACAUGACAUCCUGGGCCUCGAGCUCAGCCUUGUAGGCGGCGUAGCCGGCGGGGUUCUCGUAGUCGCAAAUCAGUUGGCAAUCAGCGGGGACGACGUGGCCUUCCUCAAUGAUGAUCUGGAAAGGAAGCGUGUUAGAGACAUUGCCCGGAUUGGGAGCACUCACGAUAUCACCGGGCACGAGUUCACGAGCGCGGAUCUCCUCUUCUUUUCCCUGGCGAACGACACGGGCCUUCAUGGCGAUGUCACCCUUCAGGGAGGCGACAACGUCGGCAGCCUGCUUCUCCUGGUACCAACCGACAGCGGCGUUAAGCAAAAGAAUGGCGACAAUCAAACCGGCGUCGAGCCAAUCCUGCAGGGCGAAGGCGAGGAUAGCGGCACACUCCAUGACUGCAUUGAGAAUUAG